AUGUCCCCCAACGCACUGCAGAUCCAACAUGGUCGUCGUUGGCUGGAUAUCCGCAACCAAUACCUCCCUUUGCGAUCUCCAAAUGCUCUAAAGAACCAAAGUCUUGCAGCUGCCGGGAAAAAGAACCAGAACGCAAUGGGCAUCGCUCCAAACUACCAUUCGGGCUCAAUUAAUACGCCAAAAACCCCUAAUAGUCGUACUGCCUCAAAAAAGUCUCGUAAAAUCCAUUGCGAGACUGACGCAUACAUUAAAAAGGAGCCAGACGAUGAUGUUAUGAGUUCAUUCUAUGGCGAAGCCGACUUCAGGUCUACCAUGUCACCAGCAACAGAUUAUGGUUUUGUUGAAAAAGCAGCCUCGACACCUGACCCAGUUACCAGUCCAUACAUUGGGUUCCUCAAACAAGAGGAAAUAUCACUGACGGAGUAUGAUGUGCCGUGCUAUGGUACGAGCUUUGAGCUACAGUACGAAACAAACGCCACUCAGCUAUCUCACGUAGAUGCUGGAAUCUCAAGCAAUGCCGCUGAAGACAUGUGGAUGGCAUAUCCCACGUCACCAAGCUCAACUGCACCGAGCUCAAUUGCCCCGAGCGACGGUGAUAUCGGCGGCCCACCUAGCAGAGAUCAAUGGGGCUACAGCGCUCCCGGCAUUCCACCCCAAGAGCAAAACGCACUUACAGCGUACGGAUACAACGGAUACCAUUGA